AGCUGCUGCUAUGCUGCGCGCAGCAUCGAGACGUCAGCGGUCACAUUAACGUCCCGCUUCAGACUUUACGGCGAGUAGAGUCGCGGAAACGAGACCAAAAAGGAAAGCAGAAAAACAAGAAUAUGAACAAAGUGGACGCACCAUCCCGACCCGCCGCCUCUCUGAAAUUCACCAUCGACAGCAUCCUCAACCUCAAAACGAGCGGGAGGAGCUGGGGCGGUUGCCACCGCGCAGCGCUGCAGGAUGACUCGGACACGGCGAUGCGUAAAGACGGUUUCCAGAGUCACCACCACGACGAGGACGAGCGCGUCGUCCUGCGACACCAGGACCCGGGCAGCAGGCUCACCGAGAGAGAUUUGAUCACAGCCUGCGGCGGAGCAACGGAAUCGGUCAUCGUCAGCCGCGGAGACCUGAAGAAGGCGACCGAGGCGCGCUUCGAGAGCGGGGACAGCAGCUGUGACGACAGCAGCUCCACCACCACCACCACCGCCGCCGCCGCGGCCACGGACACGCACACGGGAGGCUGCCUCGCUAAGAAAAGCAAAAUGAUAACGAAAAAGAAAACGCGCACUAUAUUCUCCAAGAGACAGAUUUUCCAGUUGGAGACUACCUUUGACAUGAAACGCUACCUGAGUAGUGCCGAGCGCGCGUGCCUCGCCAGUUCCCUCCAGCUGACGGAGACCCAGGUGAAAAUAUGGUUUCAGAACCGCAGGAAUAAAUUGAAACGGCAAAUAUCGACCGAAAUCGACGGACCCGUUGCCGACUACCCCGAGACUGGAAAGCCCGUGGCGGCGGGGCAGCUGCCGGCCUUGUACAAGGAGAGCAACCUGCUGGGGAGGUGCCUGCUGCCCAUGCCUCUGCCCGUAGUGUACCCGGGGAGCAGCACGCCUUACCUCUGUUUCACAAACGCCAGCAAGUACUUCAGCCUGUACGACGGGGACGUAUGAUGCCGUCGGCGGGUGCGCGCUUUGGAAGAGACACUUUUGGGGUUUUUGGCGGUCUGUUGCCAAGUUUCAAGCAUUUAAAAAAAAAGGUGUUCAGAUGUCGGGUCGGAUGUGCGGCCUUGCGGUUUUAUGAAGACUGCAAGUACGUUCACAGAGGGUUUAAUACAUAUCACUGAAAAUCAAGCUGAUCCGGCUGUAUUUAUUGUUCACUCGAAGCUCUUGUUUUCGGAUAGGCCGGGGACUGAACCUGCUAUGACACGUAGCCCUUGUUAGGAAAUAGCAGGCUAAGCUAAUGAUAGCCCGAGAGAGGCCUACACGGUACCAACCCUUACAUGUAUUGUUUACACGAAAAAGCAUUAUUAUUUUUAUUAUUCUCAUCAUUUGUAUUAUAAUUAUUAUUAUUAUUAUUGACAACAUAAUUUUCCAGCAGCCUAAGCCACCAAAGAAAUUACUAAAGCCUAGCUAUUGCAUGCAUUUCCUGUAUCAUGAUGGAUUUUGAAUUACUGAAAUUAUGUAUUUAAAUGAAUGUAAUUAACAUUUAAUUAUGUUUCACGCAUGUCUAUUUUUUCUGAGCAUCUUACU